CCCCACUCGCCAGUCAGUCGGCAGGCAGAGCAAGAGCAGCCCGCAGCUUUUUUCGUGGGGAGAUCGCAGUUUUCGCUUGCCAAUCGAUGGGUUUCCGGAAUUCGCAGUUUGCAGUGCAGCGUUUCUUUGACUUUGUUUAAUUUGGUUACACGGCAAUUGGCGGCAAUUAACAGCGGUAGUGAACGAGCCACUGCAUUAAUUAUUAAUAGCGCGCUCGCCAGACAAGUUGGCCCCGUGAUAAGCAAAUCGCUAGUUUGCCGAGUGAUUGGCACAGUGGAAUGCAUUUGAUUAGAUUGCGAUUUGUUUGCUGGCCUGUCAUAGUUGUUACUAAACAAAGCUGGACCGGUCAACCUGACAUACCCGUUUCGGCAUCUGUUUCUGUUUCUGUUUCGAUUUCGGUUUCAUUGCUUUUUUGAACUCGCGAGUUUUCGCGUUUCUGCCAAUCUUGCAGAAUGAGUUUCGGGUGUGCAACGGAAACAAACGAGAACGAAAUAACAAUCAGCCAUUCACAAAGCCAUAAAGCACAGUGAAACACUUGAUAACGCAGCCCGUAAUCCAAUAACCCCUCGCAAAACCAAAAUCAAUCUCGCAACGUUGAGUAAUUAAAUGCUGAUCAAGUGAUUUCUCGUCUGAAAUAUCAAUCGAAUCGAAAAAAUGUGUGUCAUAAGUGCAGAAGUGAAGUGCAGCUAAAUGUGAAAUGCCCAAAAAUGCAAUCAAUUUAAAUGAAUUUAUGUUUAAUUUGUAUAAUCAUUUUCACCACUCGUAACUCGAGAGUCCAACCCACAAAAGCCGGAAAAGUGCAAGUUCGUGGCAAAAUUUAAGUACAAAUUUGUGCAAACCAAUGGGGAAAAUCGAAAUGGUAAUUCCAUCAAAAGGCAGUGCGAUUUUGAAUAGCUGACUAAGAACUUUUAGAUUCAAGCAAUUAAAAUUGGCUUUCCGUCGACUAACAAUAAACCCUCAGAAGGUAGAAUUUGUGUGGCAAAGGGACUUAGGAGUAAUGGCAGCAGUUGAGAGCAAUUAAGCGCAUCGUUGCAAUAGUAAAACAGGGAAAUAGUUUCAAGGCACACAGCAAACAAAGCGAGCUAAAAUGUCAGCCACUCAGCCAAAGGAUACGGCAUUAAAGACUAAGGCAUUGGCAGCUGAAGCAGCAUCCCCUCCACCCCCGCCCAUCGCCAAAACAACAGCAGCAGCGGGAAAGAAAACUUUAACCUCCAACGCGGCUCUGUCAUUGUUUGAUCAGCUGAAAAACAGCGUCAAUUUAAACAGUUUGACAAUUGGCGCCGGCGUCGCCAACAACAGCAACCCAGAAGCAACACCACCUACAACAACAGCGGCAGCCACACCCACCGCCACACUGUUGCCAGCCCCCGCACCGCCCACCGCCCCCUCUGCCACCUCAAAUAUUGAGCUGAAGCCCCCGGCAAAGCCGGCGCGACCCUUCAGCACGCCCAGCAGCAUUGGCGUCGUGCAGGGCACCAAACGGGCGGGAGGCGUAGGGGGCGGGGCUGGCGCCCAGGCCGCCAAAUUGGAUAUAAACGCAUUGCGAUCUCAGCUCUAUCAGGGCGCCAGGAAGGCUGCAACAACAACUCGACUGGGAGUGGGGGUGGGAGCCGGAAAAACAGCAACCGUAACAACAGCCUCCAGAACACCCGGAGGGGGAGAACGCGGCACGAGGGGAUCCAAGAAGCGGUGUCUGGAUCGAUACGAUUCAUCGGAGUCAUCAGACAGCGGCGUUGCCACCUCACUGAGCUGCGCGGACUCCAGCACGGGCUCCAGUGAGGAUGCGUCCGAUCCCGGCUCCCCGUACAGUGCGCACUCGCAACUGAGCGACCCGCCCGACCCGCUGACCAAGAUGCCGCCCCAGAUCCUCGGAAGCGCCAGCGGCAGCAGCUCCACAGCGGCCGCCUCUCCGCCCUCCGGCAACGCCCCCCAGGUGCCAUCAUCGCCAGCCAUCCACCACAGUCAUCUCAGCCAGCACGGCGGCGUAUCCAGCAGCGCCAUGUCCAAGCCGACGACGCCCCAGCGCCACAAUAACCCGAGCCUCGUGCCCACGCUCCAGUGGCCAUGGAACACCAGCCUGGGCAGCACCUCGACCGCCGUGCCCGCCGCCACGGCCAACAAGAACAAACGAACCGCGGCCGGGGCGGUAUCGGGAAUGGGAAUGGGCACCGCGGGCGGAGACGCCGCCUGUCUAGCCGGCGGAGGAGCGGCGGCCGCCAAGAAGGCGCGUAGCGAACUGCCCAGCUCCUUUGACGCAAGCAAAAGACUGAAGGUGGCCGCCAUGGAGGAGUCGCAGACCAAAAUUACCGGCUUCUUCAAGUCCCAAAUGAAGCCGUCGCCCGGCGGCGGAAAGCUGUCGCCACAGCCCGGCCAGCAGAGUAAUCCGGCCAACACGCUGACCAUGAGCACGCCCGCCACCACCGCCUCGCUGAACAAGUACUUUAACAUCCUGUCGCAGCUCAAGGAGCAGAAGGCCCAGCAGCAGCAGCAGCAACAGCAACAACAACAACAGCAGCAGCAGCAGGCGGCCAAGGCAUCACCCACACCCGCUCCAGUGGCUCCGGCUGCUCCUGCGGCACCCGCCCCACCUGUUGUCACUCCUAGUCCCAGUUUGCCAGUGCCAGCUCUGAAGAAAAUCGAGCGCAGCACCAAGCAGCCGGCCAAGAUUGCACAGGUAGCGCCCAAUCUGCGCAAGACGCCGAGCAGUGGGUCCUCGAACAGCUCUUCAUCGUCCUCGUGUAGCUCCUCAAACGGCUCCAGUACGGGCAAGUCUCCGGCCAAGAAGCACGUGGCGAUUGCUCCCCGGACGCCGGAGAUGAAACAGCAGCAGCAGGGCAAGGCGGCCAUGGUCUACCGACCGCCGGGAACCAGCCCCACACUGAAACAGAAGCCGAUCUCACCACCCGCCCCCGUGGCGGCCACCGUACCCGCCCCCGCACCAGCUCUCAAUCCUUCGCCCGCUCCCGCCAAUCCCACGCUUUACCAGCUGCCCGUGCAAUUGCCCAAUCUAGUCCAGCUUCCGCCCCAGCUGGCGGCCGCCGCCAACAUCAUGCAGCUGAAUAACGUGGCUAAGGCGGCGGUGGCCGCGGCGGCCAACAACAAUGCGGCCGCUCAAGCAGCACAGGCGGCACAGGCUGCUGCCGCCCAGUAUUUCCUCAACGGCACGGUCUUCAAGCUGCAGCAGGUAACGACGGCCACGACGACGACGGCCACUACGGCCACGUCGGCGGCCGCAUCGGCUGCCAAUCCCUUCGGACUGCUCAAUUUGGCCACGGCGGGCAAUCCAUUCGGCCUGCCCAACGCCAGCGGUCAGUUUCCCAUGGAGGCUAUUCCGGGAACUGGGAGCUACCUCCAUCAUCAGCUGCUUCUCGCCCGGCAGAACAACAUGAGUUUAAACGAAAACAUGGCUUCCAAUUCUUGCGGCAACAUGAACUUUGUUAAUCCACUCAGCAAUCAGCAGGUUGGUCUCAAGGAUAACAAACUAUAUAUAGUGAACUCGGCGGAGUACCUAGGAUACUUAAUGAGCUUGCAAAUAGCUCUGAACAACCAACAGCAUCAGCAACAGCAAAUCAUCUCUGCCACACAGCCGCCACCGUUGGCGGCCACGAACAACAAUACCAACAACAAUACGAACACUGCCACUCAGCCGCCACCCUUGGCAGCCACGAACAACAGCAAUUCGAACACUGCCAACAACUCGACUGCCAGUAACAGCAACAACAACAACAACAACCACAAUGCCUCGAAUAAUUUAAGCAACAUCAACAACACUGCCAUACAGCCUCAGCGGGCGAUUGUGAAGCCGCCGAUGCACAGUUCCACGCAACCGCCGCCGCUGGUGACGAUUUCCUCGAUGCCCUCGUGCUCCCCGGCUGCCGCCUCUUCGCCAGCGGCCAAGCGGGCACUACCGGCAGCCAAGCCAUACCAGAAGCGGCUGACCACCAAGGGCAGGGUGGGUGCGACUCCGAUCAUAGCCACGCCCACCACGCCGCCGCCUCUGGUGCCCACGUCGGCCACCAAGGAGCUGGGUCAGUUGCGCAAAAGCACGGCAACCACUGGGACCGCAACAGCCACGCCCACGAGCAUGUCCACUUCCACGCCCGCACCCACACCGACGCCACCGCUGGUGAGCAUUGCGCCCUCGAAGCUGACGCCCACGCUGAGUGUGGCCAAGGCAGGAGCCGCGAUGAAGCUGGCCAACAGUGCGCCCGAUCUCUUUGACCUGGUCAAGAACUCCAAGGUGGCGGCCAAGGCGUCGCAGCCGCUUACGCCGCUGCCCUUCAGCUCGCCGAGCAGCAGCAGCAGCAACGGCAGCCACUGCCUGCGAUCCUCGCCAGCGCUGUCCAGCUCGAACUCUUGCACCCUGUCGGCCUUCAGCAAGAUCAAGGCGGAGACCACGGAGCUGGCCUCGCAGACCGGCUCCCUGGCCUCGCUCUCAAUGCCAUCGGUAUCGCCCAAGCCCCAGAGCUUUGCCGGUCAGCUGCCCAAGAGAGAUCGCGAUCCGGAAUCGGUGGUGGAGACGCUGAAGCACGACCUGCUGCCCGACUGCACCAACGGCAACUCGAACUCCAAUUCGUGCAGCAGCAGCAGCUACUCGCACUCGGUCAGCUCGGCAGCAGAUCUCUCGCUAGAGGCCUCUACGCCCGCCCCGUCUCCCUCGCCAUCAGCCUCGCCCUCCGGCCUGGGAUCCCCCUCGCCGGCCGCCAGCAACAUGAGCGGCAGCAGCCGGCGAGCGGCCAGCCAGACGGACAUGCUCAGCGAGAUGGUCACCUCGUCGUGCAUCUCCAGCGGCGGCGAUGACUGCUCGCAGGCCACGGACUCGCCUCCACCGCAGACACUUCCCCUGCAGCUGGGCAAGGGCGAAGACACGAACACUCCUCCGACGCCCACGGCCAGCGGCGUGAGCAGCAGCGGGAGUAGCAACUACGAUGAGGAGGACGACAAGUCGGUGGCCUCGCUGGAGACCCAUCAGACGCACAAGCGGCUAAGGGACCUGCCCACGCCGGAGUCUGGCAUCGGUGGAAGCCUGAGCAACAGUGAGAGCAGCAACUCAAUAGUGGAUGCGAUAUCCUCGAAAUCAGCCUCUGUGGGUCCACCCACCACUGCAGCGAGCAGCGUCUCCUCCUCCUCCUCCGCCGCCUCUGACAGCAACUCGCUGGCCAGCAAUGCACCUUCUCCCGCCUCACCGGAUGAUUGCUCUGCUGCACCGUCGCCCGCCAGUACCGUCAGUACCGCCAGUUCCGCCUCCGCUGCCGCCGCCUUUCCGCCCAGCACUGUGGUGGACAUUGCGAUGGUCGAGGCCACGAGCAAGAGUCUACCGAAGAGCGCCAUCUCGCCGAUCCUGUCGCAGCCAAAGACCAUUCGCUUCCCGGCUGGAGCGGGGGCCGGCGGCAAGGGGGGGAAGCGCCACGACGGCGUCUGCUACUGGGACAAGUGCAACAAGAAGCACGAGAGCAACUCCAAGCUGCUGGACCACAUGCAGACGCAUCACGUCAACACGCAGACAGGCCCCUUCGCCUGCCUCUGGGUGGGCUGCAAGGUGUACAACAAGGAGUCAUGCUCACGCCGCUGGCUCGAGCGCCAUGUGCUCUCCCACGGUGGCUCCAAGCAGUUCAAAUGCAUCGUCGAGGGCUGCGGCCUGCGCUUCGGCUCACAGCUGGCGCUGCAAAAGCAUGUGAACAACCACUUCAAUGCCACAGACAACGCCAAGGAGAGCACGAGCAAGCGCACCUCUGAUCCGCCCGUGCCAAAACAACUGCGGAAGAAUGGCAAGAAGCUCCGAUACCGCCGUCAACCCUUCUCAGCUCGCAUGUUCGACUUCUUUGACACUGGCAUCAUGGAGGGACUGCAGCACCGCCUGCGCCAGAUAAGCACACUCACCAACGGAGCCCAGGCCAUCGAGUUCCAGGGUCAGUGCAUGAUGCGACGGCGCAACAGCCAGGGCGGCUACGAGUGCUUCGUGCGCUGGUCCCCGCGCGAGAUCAUUUCCGAUGAAUGGCUGCCGGAGUGCACGAACCGAACGCGCCAGCACACCAAGGUGCUGCACAUCAAGCAGAUGCGGCCGGCUGAAAAAACAAGAGUGGACAGCUUGCUGAGCACGGCCUUCCGGCUGCGUUAUGACUCCCACCUUUUCGCCGAUGAUUAUAAUGUCAAUGAGCAGCAGGUGGGCGAGCUGAGCGCCAGCGACUGCGAGGAGGAUGGUGGCGAUCAGGAAGAUGAGGACGAAGAUGAAGACGAGGAAGAGGAAGAGGAGGAAGACGGCGGCAGUAGUUCGCGCAGUGCGAGCUGCGAGACGGUGUCCAGCUAUCAGCAGGUGCUCAGCAUCGCCAAGCUGCAGAUGCAGCAGCGCCGCAAGCACCCGCGCAAGCCACCCAAGAUGGUGUCGUCGGCGAGGGAGCAGCUGGUCCCGACGGAUGCCCUGGUGCCCAUCUAGGGCACUGCCAGAAUUAUAGUAUUCUCUAAGUAAUUAAACCGAAAAACGACAAACGAGUAAACAGUGACAAGUAGACUAGUUAGCGUAUGGCCUAAAUAAGUUACCACCUACGCAUAUAUCCCCUUAUGUAUAGAAUCUAUAAGUACGACGCUUUGUUCAGUUUUGUUUUGUUUGAUCCGCGUAAGCAGCCGUUUAGUUUAUUGUUCCCAUCCAACUGUCGUCCAUCGAUCCUUGUACAUAUUUGCGGAUGGACAGGUAAGAGUCAGGAGCAUUUAGUAGCCACCUUAUAGCAACCCACCCGCGCGUUCUAGCAAGUGCUGUUAUGAACAAACGUCCUAGUUUCUAGAGUUGUAGUUCUAAUUUAGUACUAAAAGUGUACAUUUAGUAAAGAUUCAUGUGGAAAUGACCGACUGGACAAGACUUGUUUCAAAAGAAAAUUUUAUGUUGUCUAUCUAUCUAUUUAAAAUUUAAAGUAAAAUUUCGUUUUCUUUUUGUUGCUUUGUUGCCCCGCGUCGUUUUGUAAUGUACACCUAGAAACUGGCCAAACUUACACUGAAAGCGAAAAAACAACGCACACAACUGAGCAGUUAAUGUAUAAGUAGAGUAAAGUGACGUGGAAGAACACAAGACUUGAAGCAUUUACCGCUACAAAAUACGAGAAAUAUUUGUAAAACAUUUUGUACUCAACUCGAACAGCAAUGCAAACAGUUAUAAGCCUAAGUUAGACCCGAGCCCAAGACGAUUAUCCAUUAAUUUAGUGCAAAUCGAAUGCCACUUUCGCCAAUUCAUCACCAUCAGCGUCUCUAGUUCGUUUUGUGAAAAUCCAAGGAGACAGAAAAAGAAAAGCAUAAUGCAAUGUACAUAAUAGAAUAUAACAUUAACUAGUUUCGCUUUUAAACUUACAUUUAAACUAUUCAUUUAGAACUUAGCCAAGGCAAAUCCCAAGUAAACUAUGCUAAAUAAAGUUAUCGAAAAGAAAAUCAAUCUAAAAGCAAAAUGCAACAAAAUAACUCUUAUGUUUCAAUUUCUUAUGAUUUAACGGACAAACAGAAAAAGAUUUUGAAGCUAAAAAAUUCGAUGAUCUUUUACUUACUACCUACUUUUCUAUUAGGUGUACAUAUCCGAAUGGCAAGCCCAACACUUUAAGCAUAUGAGCUAAACGCUAACACUAAGUUAUAGUUUUCUAUGCCAAUGAAUUUAUACGUGAUUAAAGUAAGUAAAAUUCGAAUCAAGAGCAAGAGCCGCAAAAAUAAGAAAAACAAGAGUACUCAUCACUGCCAAAAUGUAAUUGAACAACAACAAGAGCCCAGUUGUUAUUAACGACUGAUUAAUUUAGUGUGCGAGACGAGCAGAGCCAGAAGCAAUUACAAUUAUUAACUGCUAUACCCCAUACCCCUAAUUCCAGCUCGAGCACUUUCCCUAUGUUGCACAAUAACAAUAACAGUAACAGUAACAAUAUCAAAUAUAUCUGUGUGUUGUCUUAAGUAGAUGUAGUAGAUGCGUCGCUGUGCCCCUCAACUAGUUUAAGCUUAUAAGAAAGAAUCAAAUAUGUAUUAAUGUACGUGUACUCGUAUAUCCCCACGCCCCCUAUGUCUGGAGAGGAGGCAGGGUCAUGCAGGGUCAAUCGAUCACAGCCUGUAUACAUGAUUUAAAGCAAUACUCUAACGAUAAUCGCAGAUCAAGCUUAGUUGACUCUUCCAUUCGGUUAGUCUUUCGAUGCCUUUCGCCCGAGUUGUUCAACGCUUUGUACUGCACAAGGAUAGUCUAAAGAUAAUGGCAUCAAGUAUCAAGUAACAUGAAUCCAUGAAAAGUAAAGGAAAAUAAUGGAAAAGAAAAUAAUGGAAAAGAAAAGAAUAGAAAUUCAAAUAAAAUAAAACUACCUCAAAUUUUUGCAAGCAUAAAACACACAAAAGAAUUUUUCGAGACAAGUUUUCUAAAGCGAAAAGAGUAUAUAGGUGCAGGCGUUAUAUACAUAUGUUGUCGGAUGGGCGAGACAGAUAUCUAGAUCCGAACAGGGCAGAGCCGAGAAACAAGGGAAAGUAUACACGAGUAGUACACACACAAAAACAAACAAGGGGAACCGUAGGCUAAUUCCAUAUUUUGCUAAUAUUGCAUACAGUCUUUAGGAUAAGCAACCAACCAUGCAGUUGAACUACAUUUACCUUCGCUUUUCCUUUUCAUUUUCAUUUUCCUCGGCGGAUUUUGGUCGCCUCGGCGGAUCAGCCAAGUGUAUGCAUUUGCCUUUAGCCCUGAGCUCAGUUUGGGUUUGUACAUAGAUUAGUUUACCCAAAUACGAGAUAUAAGUAUAUUCAAAAUCAUAACCAUCAUUUUAGUAUUACAACCGCUUUAAUGAAUUGCAGAGAGACAUUUAUUAAGCAUUCAUAAUUAUGGUAACUAGCAGGCGUACAUAUACAUAUACACACGUAUACAGGAGAAGUAUUUCUUAACUCACGAUUAUUUCGAGGUACAUAUGUCCCAGUUGAUUCAGUUGGAUUCAGUUCUGGCCAAAUCAAAGGCAGCAACCACAACAGCAGCGAUCUUGCUUCGAUUGUAACUAAUGUAAUCAAAAGAAUUAUAUACAUAUAUAUAUAUAUAUAUAUAUUAUUGAACUCUAUAUACACAACAUAGUAUGUACAAGUGGACUCAAACAGAUUCUGAAACCGAAGAACAUGUAACGCGCUGAGAAAUGAAAAAUAUAUGAAAAACAAGUA